GACGAUACAAAUUUGUGAAAAGAAAAAAAGAGACCUUUUUGGUGUGGCUCCCAUUUGGUUAUUGUCUAAUUGCAUAUUUUUCUAUCAGAAAUUAUCUAAUACAAAUAUUUUAAAAGCAAAAAUAUCCUAGAAAAAUAGCUUACAAGAAAGUAAAAAAAACUAGAUAUAAAAAAGUGCUUCGAAAACAAAGAAAAAAAACAUAAAACUAAAAUUUCUUUUAAGUGGUCAGUGAAACGAUUGAUAUUUUUGAAAAAUGUCGCACCAUAGCGAUGAUCAAUUACUAGAAGCUGGAAGUGAGUCUUUUUGGGAGCCUGGAAAUUAUAAAAGAACUACGAAACGCAUAGAAGAUGGCUACAAACUUUGUAAUGAAUUGCAACAGUUAAUACAAGAGAGAGCAGAUAUUGAAAAAUCCUAUGCAAAAAGCUUACGAACUUGGUCGAAAAAAUGGGGUGAACUGAUAGAAAAAGGUCCGGAAUAUGGUACUACAGAGGCUGCCUGGAAAGGCGUUCUUACCGAAUCGGAGCGCAUUUCGGAUGUGCAUAUGAAAAUUAAAGAAAAUCUUUGCAGUGAUGUAAGUUCACAAAUAAAAUCAUGGCAAAAAGAUAACUAUCAUCACACUUUAAUGCAAAUCAAAGAGCGCAAAGAUAUGGAGGAUCUAUUCAAGAAGGCCCAAAAGUCAUGGGCUAAGCUAUUGGCUAAAGUUGAAAAAGCCAAAGCCGAAUAUCAUGCUGCUUGUAAAACAGAAAAAAGUGCCACGAACCAAGAACGUAACGCCACCGCUGAUAGUUCAUUAUCACCAGAUCAGGUGAAAAAAAUGCAUGAUCGUGUACAGAAGACUAAAGAUCAAGUACAAAAGUGUCGCGAAAAAUAUGAACAAGCCAUUUCCGAAAUAACCAAAUAUAAUUCCGUGUAUAUAGAGGAUAUGACAUCGGUAUUCGAAAAGUGCCAAACUAUGGAAAAGACGCGUCUGCAGUUCUUCAAAGAAGUUCUAUUUAAUUUACAUACUGUCCUUGAUCUUACCAAGGUACCAAGUCUACCGCAGAUUUAUGAAGAAUUUUAUCAUACUAUUAAUAAUGCAGACCAUCAAAAGGACUUGAAGUGGUGGUCUAACAAUCAUGGCGUUAAUAUGGCUAUGAAUUGGCCCGCAUUUGUGGAAUACACAGAAGAAUUCCGUGAUAUAGCCAAGGGAAGCAAGUCAAAGGAAGCUUUACCAGCAGCCCCUAUAACAUUGAUUAACCAAAGGCCUGUUAAUGAAGAUCUGCAUGAAUAUUCGGGUUCAUCGAGUUUAAAGAAAUCUAACAAUACGUCUUCUUCAUUGAAAUCAACCGGAAAACAACAGCCGCCAGAGUCUUUAGCUACCUCGCCAACAACAACAGCAGCUGCAGCAACAACAUCAUCAACAGUAGGAGCUACAACGACAACUAAAACUAUUGCAAAUGCCCAUAAUCGUAAUUCAAGCGUAACUAAUGGUAAAUCAAAUUCCACUGAGGCAAAUCCCUUCGAAGAGGAAGAAGAAUGGGACGAGGGAGAUAAUGUCUUAGUGGAUAAUGGUGAGCCCGGUGUUCCCGUUAAAGCAUUGUACGAUUACGAAGGAGCUGAAAGUGAUGAAUUAACAUUCAAACAAGGAGAUGUUUUUGAAAAAUUAGAAGAUGAAGACGAACAAGGCUGGUGUAAGGGACGUAUGAAUGGUCGGGUAGGCUUGUAUCCCGCCAAUUAUGUAGAGCUUGUACACACGUAAAUUUCAUUUACAGCUACAUAUUUAUAAAUCCUGAAUGAACCCUUCUACCAUUGUAUAAUCCCAAUUCUGUAGCCCCUUUCAUCUCAUCUUUCACAAGAAAAGAACAACAUUAUUCACAAGAAUAUAUAAAUAUCUGUUUUUAUAUGGAAAAGCAAUAGAUAUGUAUUUGUUUAGCAUUUAUUAAGUAUUAAUUAAAAACUUAAUAUAUUAUCGUUAUUCUAUCGUUAUUGUCCGAUAUUGUCCGAUUUCUUUCUCCGUUAAAAACAAAAAACAAAAUCGAACGGUUUUAGCCAUUUGAAAAAAAAACAAAUCACAUUUUGAUACAAUGUAUUUAUUCUGUUAACAAAAUAAUCCAAAAAAUACUACAUAUUUUAAUUUUUAUUAUUUUUUCAACAUAAAAACCAAAUGAAAUUUUUUAGGGAAUUAAAACAAGAAAAAAAAGAUCCAUUUUUUUUCUUAAAGUUAAAAAAUUUAUUAUUUUUAUGUGUGUUACAAUACAAACCCACUAAUAAUUUAUAAUAACUAAUGAAUUAUUAAAUACUGUACUCCUUUGAUUAGUUUCAUAUUAAACCCAAAAGCAAUAACAUACAAACUUUUAUAAAAUAUGUUGAGAAAAAGGUUAAAAUAUAAAUAAAAAUAUAAUGUUAAUAAUAAGCAUUUUGUAGUGAAACCAGAACAAUUAUAAGUGAAUUAAAUUAAAAGGACCCCGUUUAUAUGUUUUACUAGUGAGUAUUUGUAAUUUAUUUAACUUAUAUUUAAAGAUAAAUAACAUUAAAAUCAUUACAUUACGAUAAUUAUAUUAUUAAAAUAAUAUAAAAACUAUAUUAACGAAAAAAUAUUUAAAAUAAAAGCAAAUUUCUUAAAAAAAAGAUACUAAA